UACAAAGCAGAAGUUUCUGGAGAUGUUGCAGCCCUUCAGGCGAGGAAUUUCUGGAGGAAUGUUCCGACGAAGAGCCUUGACAAAGCUGACGUUUAUCAACUCACUGCUUGGACAUCCAGUACUUCAAAGUUUACACAUAAAAGUUGGAGACAAAGCUGAACUUACCAAAGCUUUUACUCAGAAUGAUGUUGUUACUUUUUCCUACUUAACAGGUGACACAAAUCCUUUGCAUUUAAAUGAAGAGUUUGCAAAGAAGUCUAGGUUUGGGAGAACUGUCGUACAUGGAGUUCUGAUCAAUGGACUUAUUUCUGCAGUUCUAGGUACUAAAAUGCCUGGUCAAGGGUGUAUAUUUCUCUCCCAGGAGAUCCGGUUUCCAGCUCCUUUGUAUAUUGGUGAAGAAGUCACAGCUGCAGCAGAAGUGAAACGGCUGAAGGGUUCUAUUGCACACAUUUCAGUAUCAUGUCAGGUCAAAGAAAGUGGGAAGACUGUUAUGGAAGGGAUGGUGAAAGUCAUGGUGCCGGACAGUUAGAGCUGUUCAGCCUGUGCUACUUUACUGUAAAGGCCAGAAAUGCUUGGUUUUGAUUUUGUCUUUUUAUGUGACAUCACUCAAUCCAGUAAAUUUGCAACAAAAAAUGCUUGAAAGACAGUGUACAAACUUAAUCCUGAUAGAGCUGCAUUAAGCUUAAAACUUUUCAUUUUCCUCUAUGUAUCGUCAAGGUGAAACCAGCAGAACUACGUACUUACUGUGACAAAGAGGGAAAGUGGCUUAGGCAAGCCAUUGCUCUGCCACAGUGGGAAUUCUGGAGUGGCUGAGGCUGUUCUUUCUGGCAAAAUCGCAGUCCACACCAGCAAAGUUCAGUUAAAACUUGUUCCUUUUGUACAAAGCAGCUGUAUUGCCAACAAGCUCCAGGGGAGGGGACAAUGCUGCAUUUAACAAGUGGGACAGAAGUGGAGGUACUGACACACGUGUACUGCGGGAUGUGUUGUAAUCUGCAUGGCUCCUGUGGGUGUUUCCUCUGAAACUUGCCUCCCAGAAACAGAGUGAAGGAGCCUUUAAAAAAAAAUAUUGUCACAACUUAGUGUACUUGUGCUCCUGAGGGCAAGACAAGCAGGGGCAUAUGAGUACUAACUGUAUGGCUUCUCUCUG